CAAGACAGAUGCGAAAUCGUCAGAAAGACGUGUUGUGUUGGUGAGAUACCGGGUCCAAACAAUCAAAGUAGCCUUUGCAGUACUUUGCUCACUUUGCCAAAGUACAGAGUAUGUCUCACUGGCAGUGGAAUAGUGGAGGGCACUCGGGAGGAGCUGGGCGAGGCAGGGCCAUGGGGACAAAUGUCAGCAUGAAGCUGGAACAGAUGUCGGCUCAGGAGAAACUUAUUGCGGAAAAGAAAAGACAAUUUCAAACCAAACUGGCCGAGACGCAGAAAAAACAACAAGAUGUAGCUUUGAAGAAGCUUUAUGGUAACCUGGCCACUCCAUCUGGAACGGAAACAGCUCCUUCUACCAACAAGUUAUUUAGCAGAAUAGGGAAGCGACCAGGCUUUGUGGGUCGGCAGCCUGAUGUCAAGAAGGCUAAACCCGAACUAACUGAUGACUCACCUCAGAGGGGUCAGCAUGGGCUCUUCGCUAAUGAUGGAAAUUUCCUGGAAAGGUUUCGUGAGAUGCAAGGAAGAGCAAAUGAGGCCAAGGCUGCAAAAGAGGAAAAAGAAAAGGCUCGGAAAGCAAGCCAGGGUGCGCCAGUGGCUGGAGAUCCCCAGACAACAGUAACCUCGGUUAAGGAGCCUGUUACUGUUAGUAAACCAAGCAUGUUCGGCCAAUUCUCUGGCAAACCUGCAGGGCCCCCUGGGCAACCUGUGUUUGGUCCUGAUCAGAAGCCAGUGUCUGGCCAAGAGAGGCCACCCAAUAUGUCAGCUCCGCCUCCUCUCAGAGGCCCUUUGUCAGAGCCCCAAGGGGACUCUGUUCCUCCCCACGGCCCUCCAGCUCAGCAUGUGACAGGCCCACCUCCUGUAACACGCUCAGAACACUUACAGUCUAGUCAGCCAGAAUCUGGCCCCCCAUUAUCGCCUCAUACCAGUGGGCCACCACCUCAUUUUCCUCGAGGGUACCCGGCCCCUGCACGAUCCACGCCUCCUCCACCCUUCUCCUCUACCCCUACUACGAUCAGUGGACGACCGCCCCAGUUUACUCAAAGCAGCACACCAACCUCUCCCUUCCAGCCCCAGGAGAUGCGUCCGGCUCUAUUCCCUGGCCACCCAAUGCAACAGCCAGGUCCCCCAUCUCGUUUCCCUGGAUCUGGCCCCCAGUUUUUCAGUGGACCGCCUCCGCCGCCUAACACGAGCUCAACCUCCACAUUCCCAGCAUCAGGAGGCCCGCCCCACUUAGCACAACCUGGCUUCCCAGGACCCCAUGGCCCACCACCACCCCCGCCUGGUCCACCUCCCACAAGAGGCCCCCAUCCUCCACACGGAGCACCACCACCACCACAUGGUCACCAUCCCCCACCUCCGCCACAAGGAGCUCUGCCACCUGGCCGCCCACCCCACGGCCCCCCUCCUGGACCUCCCCCUCAGCAUGGUCCUCCCCAACCUCCGGCUGCUGUGGCUCCUUCACACCCUCCUGGACCAAACACUCUUCCACCCCAAGGGCCCUAUCCACUCCAUGGCCGUUUUCCACCUCCUCAAGCCCCUCCACCGCCUCCAGGCCCCCCUCAGCCACCACCAGGCACCCCACAUCCACAGUUUACUUCCUAUGGGCUACCUUCAUACCCGCCCUCUGUGCCAGGUGCCCCUCCUCCACCACGGCCGUCAGAGGUUCGACCAGGGAUAAAACAAGAAGAAGACUUCUAUGACCCCACAAGUCCUACAGUGGAUAUUAGUCCGGUGAAAAAAGCAUUUGAGGAUGAGAGAUCUUCAAAUGGUGCUCGUUUCUCUCAAAGGCUUCACCCUGCAUCAAAAACAGCGCCUUUACCAGUUACAAAUGUGCCAACAGUAUUCCAAGAAGACGAGGAAGUUUUUCCACCAGAGGACAGCGUACUCCUUGAUCAGCUAGCGGCAUAUGUGGCAAAUAAUGGGGGAGAUGCAGAGGCCCGGAUGCGUGAGGACAACAAAGAUAACCCAACUUACAGAUUUCUGCUGAACCCUCAGAGCAAUGACUACAGGUACUUCGCUGCUAAGGUGCAAGAGCUGAGGUCUGUGCUAGUGAAGGAGGAAGGGAAUGAGGCUGACACAGAGGAUACAACAGGUGGAGAUGGGAUAUCCAAAAUGACAAAGAGUUUAAAGAAAAAGAAGAGCCGCUGGGGAGGAGCUGCGGAAGUUGUGCCCCCUGUUCAGUCUGCAGAAGCUGUCCCUCCUGGAGCGUCUACACCCCAUGCACGACCUCGCCCCCCGGUGGUCACAAUGCAAGACUUUGCUCGGAAGAUGGUUGGCAGUGACACGAUGACUGAAGAGCAGGUCCAGCAGAUUAGGGAUCAACAAGAGUUGAACAUGAUGUACCAGUUAAUACUGGCCCAGAAGAAAGCCAAGGAGGCGGCCAUGAUGGCUGAGCUGCCAGGAAUGAAAGUGAAACCAAAGUACGAGUAUGACUCAGACGAGGACACAGAGGGUGGUACUUGGGAGCACAAACAGAGGAUGAAUGAGAUGCAGGCCACCAAGGAUUGGGCAGAUGAACUGACUCAGAGCAAUAAAGGGAAGCAUUUCAUUGGUGACUUCCUGCCUCCUGACGAACUGGAGAAAUUCAUGGAGACUUACAAGGCCCUAAAGGAAGGAAGAGAACCUGACCUAUCUGACUAUAAGGACUUCAAGUUGACCUGUGAGAACAUUGGCUACCAGAUGUUACAGAAACUAGGCUGGCAGGAGGGGGAGGGGCUUGGCUCUGAGGGACAGGGUAUCAAGGCACCUGUCAACAAAGGUAACACAGCCAUGGAUGGGAAGGGUCUGGGAAUUGAGAAGCCAGAUGCCCUGAACAAAGAUGACGAUGAAUAUGAUGCGUUCAGGAAGAGGAUGAUGUUGGCCUACAGGUUCAGGCCUAAUCCACUGAACAAUCCCAGGAGGCCAUACUACUGAUUGUGUUGGAGUCCCAUCUGGGGAGGUUGUUAAGACGCCUGAAAGAAACUUGACAGGGAGUUGGACUGAGUAGUAUUACUUGAUAAAUGAUAAAUUUGUCUGAAGUCUGUGCAAAGUUAAUGUGAAUAUCAGUACCAUGUUGGAAAUGGCAUUAAACACUGCGGAAGAGAUCAGAGCCAGCUAGACUUGCUAGUUUUAUUUUGUUGCUUUUUUUAAAUUAAAAUGUGGCAAAGUCCAUUUUGUAAAGUGUAUGAGAUAUACAGUAAGGAACCUAUCAUUUCCCUGGAAUUCUUUCCAAUUACAUAUUAUCACCCUGCAGUUAUAAAUUUGUGAAAAACUGUGAAAUUUGAUGUGAUUUACAGUAUAUCAGAUACAUUUUUACGUUGUUUUCUGCUGAAUAGUCACCCUUUUGUUCUACUGUUUGUACAGCAGGGAGAUGGUGAGAAAUUCUGUGAAAUUACAGGUGAUUUACAUUGGACAUGUUCAUCCUAUAUCAUAAGCUCAUGUAACUUGUUUCUUAUGCCUUGUUUAAUGCAAUAUUGUGUACGGGGGAACUUAACUUUAAUAUUAGCUUAGCUGUUGUAAAACUUGUAAGCUUGGUUAAGUCCAGUUUGUGCUGGCUUCCUCUCCGGCUGUAAGUGGGAAGGUCUGCCAUCAACUGAAGGAUGAUCAUGGGUUUUCCACGAACUCCGCCGGGUUUCCGUCUACCAUAAUGCCGGCUGCCGUCGUAUAAUUGAAAUAUUCUUGACUACGAUGUAAAACACCAAUCAGAUAAAUAAAAUCAGUAUAAAACUUCUUCCAGGAUGGGUAGAUUUUGAAGCUGGUUAUGUCAGUGAUUUUACUCCAGGCAGAUAUGGAGAAGUGAGAUGAGAUUUGAUAAAAUGUGAACACCUUAGUCUCUUCCUGCCUUUGUCAUUUUCAGCUCUGGCUAUUAGUAAGGUUGCCUUAUGGAACGGAGUCCAAGUUUCUCUCUAACAUUGCUAUCUUGUUUUAAUGGUGGUACAGCAGUGAGGCUUGAUGGCACUGAAGUAUGCAGCUCUUUUGUCAGGUGCUUCAGUUGUACAAAUGGUGCAUAUAUAGAGGCAUUAGUACAGCUUAGUGCCAAAUAAAAGUGCUGAAAAGUAUUUCUCUCACAGAUGACACUGAUCAAGAUACAGCUUUUUAAAAACUAAGCUAAGCUUUUGUCGUACGAAAUCAUUUGCAUGCUAAGACCAGUGUUUUAGGUUAUGGGUUGCCAUUGAGUCAUACGUCACAAAACAUUUGUGUAUGUAAAAGGUGUUGUAUAUUGAAAUAUGCUGAUAAGAAGUAUUAAGAAGUUGCUGUAACUGACCUUUAAAAACCAUAACUUUAGCUAUAAAUAUAUGUUCUUCCUUAAUACACAUAGAUAUUUACAUGUAUUUUAAAGCUCUGUUAAUCCAGUGUCCCACUGGUACAGCUGCAGCUUUAAGUCAGAAUGUUUGUCAGAUACCUGCAGCCGCUUGUUCAAAGGUGUAUUAAAAGUUACAGUAAGCCAGGCUUAAGUUUUAAUACCAAUUGUGGCCUAAUACAAAACUAAAGGGACUUCAGUCCAGGCUAAAAUUAAUACAAGGAUUACCAACUAAUGCAUGCUUGAACAACUUGGCCCUGGUGGUUGUCUGUGGUUUAUUCUAAAUCUUAAUACCAAUGUCAUACAAAGUACAACAGUGAAAUAAAAAAAAAAAAUAAUACCAGUGAUUCAGGUUGUUUUGGGAUGUUUUUGCAUUAUUGGACUGUUGUAUAUAUUACGCUGUUAAGAGACUCAUGUAUAUACCAUAGUAAGUAUCCACAUGUGUGCCAGGUACAUGUACGUGCCAAGGUGUUCACCAAGUCAUUACGUGACUUCAUUCACAAUAUGACAUAUAAGAACCUGUUCCAGAACUGAUGUCUAUAGUGCUAAGAUUUCUUGACAGCAUUUAACAAACAAAUAGCAGGUAGAUUUUAGUGAAGAAAAGAUCGUGGCAUGAAAAUUUUUCCAAGGAAUGGGACUCAAAUGUGUUUGUGAACUGAUUUAUGCAGCAUGUGAUUAAGGACUGUUCAUAUUUUAUUGUUAACAUCAACAGUGUUUGUAUAUACAUGUGUGUGUUGAUUUAAGUUUGCAAAGAGGGACCAGUUUUUGUGUGAAGCUAAUGAGAUUUGCAGUCGCUAUCUGUGAUGAAAUGGUAAAUAGAGGUUGAGAAAACUAUUUACAGAAGCCAGACAAAAAUAAAUUUUCUUAUGUGAAACACAAACACUUUUAAUUGAGGUUAAAAUAGAUAUAUGUGUAAUUUGCACAGUGGCAUAUAAUGUUUUCUUAGUUCAAAAAUAAAUAAAAUUGAAUAAAAUAUUUCAUGGUUUAGUCAGUUUUUAUGAUUUUUUAACUGAAGGGAAAGACCACCAAAUUCAGCAGUUUAUCACAUUGGGCUAUGUGUUCUUCAAGCCAUGUUCCACAUGAUUUUUUUUGUUCUGUGGAAGAAUGUUUGCUUUUUGAAUGUCAGUUAUGAAAGUGAAAUCUGUACUGUUUUUUUUUUUUACUGUACAUACAAAAUGUAUAUCCUGAAUUAACUAAUCACUGAGGUUGUUACUAAUGGUCAUUUCAUAAGUCAAUUUUCUGGUAAUGUAAUACAUUACAGCACCAUAAAGUGUGAGUCAUGAGGAAAAUUACAAGAAAUGGUUUUACAGUUUUCUUAAAGUGGACUGAGGUCAGAUCUAAUGCAAAACUGUCAAUUACUGAUUAUGGCUAUACAGUAUAUAUCAUUGUGCUUUAAAGUUGAGGUCAUGUUAGGUCAUUUCAUGGGGUACUUUGUGAAAUAAAGGA